CGCGCUCGAGAGUACGUACAACUCAGCUGCUCCUGCUGCUGCUGCUGCUGCUGCUGUACCGGCGUUAACUCGCUAUAAUCGCAGCGCCGACUGUCGCGCGCGCACACACCGCCCGCAACGGUCGCUCGACUCACAACGCAACCGCCGCCGUCAGCUCGAUACAGUGCUCAAGCAGUGUGCGCGCGUCGCAAUACGCACUUAUACUAUACGCGUUCGUUGCACCACGGCGGUCGUGUUUCGCGCUGUCACCGUCGCGGCGCAAACCGACGGCCACCGUCCCCGGGAAGCUCGACGACAGCCGACGAUCCCGCCGUCCGUCCGGCGGGCACGCGGAUCUCGCAGUCGGUCGCCGAUUGAUACACUGUCGCGUUUGUACAGCACCCCGUCCUCCGCUCUCACACCAUCCCUCCGACGGAUCACGACGCGGUGUCGACCCGUACAUGACCGAUGAGAUCGUGGACGGCGACGACGACGACGACGACGACGACGGACCGACUGGUCACUGCGCAACAGAUCGAGCAAAGGAAUCACAUCAAACAAUACGGGUGCGAAGUCGUGAAAAAGUAAAAUCAUAUAGAUGACUUGAUGUGCUUAAGCUGGAUUCAAGCAUGCACCGCCAUACACCUGCUGUGGAGUGUGCUGUAUAUAAGCGUUGGCGCUGUCCAAAUAGUAGCAGGCAUAUUUUUCCUUUUCACAGUUCCUGUUCUCAGAAUAGGAUCAAACAUAUGGACAGGGUCUUGGAACGUGUUCUUUGGAGUAGGAGGAGCAGUUUUCUCGUGUGUAGGUGAUUGGACUACAGCCAAACAACGAGGCCUGUUAUGCCUCACUGUGUCUAUCCUGAUUAUGAACAUAGUAAAUUUAAUAAUAUUGGAAAUCGGAGAAUGGAGAUACCUAACACCUGAAUCGGUUAAACAUAUCAUGUCGAAAGAAGGCUUGGAAACUUUAGUUCUAUAUGCUCGCUACACUACUAGUAUAAGCACAUUAGUAGCCAUAAUCGGCGCAUUUUUCGAUUCGCAGAUAACGUUUUGUUGUAUGCUACGUGUGGAUAAAACACAACAAAAUGCAGAACCAGAUAACAAUUCAGAUGUCGAUUACAUUAUGCCAAGGGUCAAAUCGGAGUGCGUGUUGCGGUCGAACAGCACCACCAGGAAAACGUCGGACAACAACUACGGCCGUUCCUGGGUGUUCGAGGCGGACGGCACGACGGGCCCCGGUGGCUGUCCCACGUACGCGUCCACGGAAUCGCUGAGCGCGCUCGACCACCGGCCACCGGCGGCGGUGACCGCGACCGCGGCCGUGUGCAGCCGGACGGUGACGCUGAAGCGCAGGGCCAAGCCGGUGACGCCGGUGGUGAUCGUCGAGAUGGACGGCACGGGCGGCCGGCCCACGCAGCUGAUGACCAGCUUCUCGCGGACACCGUCGCCGGUCGGCCUGUCGGAGAGCUCGUCGCAGGACUCGGUGUCCGCGGCCGCCGUGGCCGCCGUGCCGAUUUACGAGUGCCUGGAGAAGCUGACCGAACCGUCCGUGUACAGGUCCCGCUUGAACACCGCCUUGUCCGCCAGUAUCCAGGAGGCCAUCGCGUCCGGCGACCGGCCACCGCGGAGCCUAUCGCCAAGGCCACCGCCCGCCGCGGAGCCCGUCCAGUACGCGUCGCUGAUGGAAGAGCUGCAGAAGACCAUCGGCAACAGGCUGUCCAAACACGUCGAAUCGCCCGAAGAGAGAUUCAAUGCCGAAUUGGACGAUGCACUACAAGACAUCCAAGAUUUAGAAUCUCCAAAUGGCCAUAGCAAUGACCGGACAGAUGAUAGUAGUGACAGUGAUGCAGCCAGCAUGAAGACCACAAAGACAGUUAUACUAAAUGGUAAGAACGCUGAUGACUUAGGUUACGUAUCGAUGCGCCAAGAUUGCGCACACUUGUUGAGCGUGUACGACCAAGUAGAAUGCGAAUUACCAGAAGAACUGCCGGAAGAGACAAACAACAACACAAUUGGGUUGGAUGUUACAGUUAAGACUUCUAGUAAGGGUUGGAAGUCAUUGUCAACAAUGUUAAAAAGAAAACAUAGAGCCGCUCUAACUUUAAUACCUGAAAUCGAAGCAUCCAUUAUAAAAUCUGAAUGUUUGGCAUACUUAUCAGAUAAAGAAUUGAUUGAACGAUACGAUCGUAAUAAAAUGGUACACAGGCAAAUCGAAGAAAAAGUUUGGAAACAAAUUAACGGUGCUUCGGAGACCGAUUCCCCUUGCUGA